GUGGCAAAGGCAUCUAUCCGGAGGAAGUAAACUCCACUGGUGAGAUGGGGGUCGUUUCACGCACCCCAGUAAACAUCAAGAGCGUCUCAACCCAAUCAACUUGCUGGUGGGGGCGGGGGCGCCCUACUUUCAGCAAACCCACCCUUGAAUUUAUCUUUGUUUUGUCGUAAAAGGGGCGUGGAUUUUCGCGAUCCUUGCAGCUCUGUCUUGCCCCUCAGACCCACGGAACGACCUAGCCCUAGCGCCACUAUGAAUUUGGAGCGGGUGUCCAACGAAGAGAAGUUGAACCUGUGCCGCAAGUACUACCUGGGUGGGUUUGCUUUCCUGCCUUUUCUCUGGUUGGUCAACAUCUUCUGGUUCUUCCGAGAGGCCUUCCUUGUCCCUGCAUACACAGAGCAGAGCCAAAUCAAAGGCUAUGUCUGGCGCUCUGCUGUGGGCUUCCUUUUUUGGGUGAUUAUACUCACCACCUGGAUCACCAUCUUCCAGAUCUACCGGCCCCGUUGGGGCGCCCUUGGGGACUACCUCUCCUUCACCAUACCUCUGGGUACACCCUGACAAAUUCUUCAGCACAGGCCUGGGACCUGAUCAUUCUCCCAGGAUGGGCUCCUGUACUCCCAGCCCACUUUCAAGCCCCUAAUACUUAUUCCUAUCUCCUGUGUUCUCUGUUGACAUACUCCAAUAAAUGUCCCUGAGUCUCUA